CCUGGCUGGCUCUCUCUGUGCAGGUGGCGUCCGCUGUUGUGGUCUUUGGGUCUUUCCAUACCGUAGUUACGACGAAGGCUUUCUUCUAGACAGGAUACCUAGUAAUGGUUUUCAACUAACAUUCCACACUCAGACGUGGACUACAAGGUUGAUAAGAAAGUAUCUUGUUCGAGAAUUUAUCAUCCAAAUAUAGCGAACAACGUGGGACAACAUCGACCUUCGUCUAAACCGUUUUCCGCCGAAUUCGAGGCAGACACUUCCGCCAAAAGUAGUAAGUACAACUGGAGCAGCUCUUGCAGAUAAUAUCCAGAUAUUAGAACAAGAGGAAAGGAAGUUUUCCCUAGUUUCACUGGCAGUAUCUUCGAUGUUGCUCGGCUCUUUCGCGUUUGUGAUGGCCAUGUUCUAUCUUUAUGAUUCACUCUGAAUUUUAGAUCUUCUUACGGUGGUCCUAAACUCGUAUAGAACAAGUUUUUUCUGAUGAAUAUGUAUUUAUUCAUACAACUACGUACUACCCCGGUUGAGCAUGAAUAGAUGUGGCUACUGUGAGAGCGAUGGCUGGGAAAGGUGGCGUGAAGACAGCUGCCAAGAACACUCUCGGGGGAGUAGAUCUAGAUGAAAAGACGAAAGCGCUUUUAGAGAAGGCUCAGGGAGUGAAGCUGUAGGUUUAUGUUUAGGCGACAGGAGGUGGACAGGUUAACCAUUCUUAUGUCAUCAUGUCUUCAUAGACGGAAUCGAAUUAAGAUUUUUUUAAAGAUCAGUUCUUGAUGGUUUUUCAUUUCUUUUUGAAAAUGGCUGCCAGCUUUCUGGUGCCUCGCGCGAGUAGCAAGCAUGUGUAUUAUAUAGAAAGAUUGUGACAUUGAGUUAUAAUUUUUGGGUACUUCCUUGUCGCAGUAAGGUUUUUUCAACAUCCACAAUGUUUCAAACAAACUACGUGCGGCUCAUUUCAAACAAACUACCUUCCAACAUUUUCCGUAUCAGUUUGACCUAGUUGUGUUUCGUAUUCUAUUUCGUGUUGUUCGUUCAAGCUACGACUACGACUUAGACUUCCUUGUCUGUGGGCGCUUAUUCCGAUUAGCGGCCGUCUCCGUACAGAAACGACAAUGCACAGAUGUUAACAGUCGUAUGAUUGCGGACGACAGACCAAAACGCACAGUCUAAGAUAUCAAUUUUUCCAAAUUCAUUGUUCUUAACAUCCAAGAUGACUUAGCUUCUUUCGAUAUUUUUCGGAUACAAACUAGCUAGGAGAUGCUGCUUGAUGUUGUUGUGCCAUAUUUUAAUGGGGUUCGGAUUGAGCUGCCCCUCCAGAGGUGCAAACAGCACUCCUGCUUUCAUGGUCCUUCAUAGACGCGGAUAGUCCUACAAGAAACAGCGUUUCCUUCAACGAAGGUACUUAUAUAUCGAACUGUUACGAGUACCCAACUUGCCUGCAGGCCUAUGAGUAUGACGUCAAACGACCACUAGGUAGC